AUGCAUUCCAUCAAGUUGCUUGCGCUGCUAGCAGCACCAGUUCUUGUAACAGCCACCCUUGACCCAGCCUCAUCAAACACCAAGGGAUACAAGCCUUCCAGUCUCAAUUGCAGUGCUGCCAAGGUCUCCACUGCCAUUCAAGCCGCAGAAUGCUCUCAUAACACUCGCACCUCGGAGACCCAAACCUUCGCCGUCUUCGAAACGGACCAUCAAUAUGAUUCAUACAAUGGGGCUCCCUACGGGACAUGCAGCGCCUACACCUGUGAUCCUCCCACCAGUUCUGAACUGACGGCGGAUUCGGACUAUUGGAUCUUUUAUUGGAGCGACGAUGGAGAGGACAGUGGUUACGGGACAAGCUGUAUCAAGGACCCUCAGACUGGAGAGUGUGGUUGCGAGAACUCAGAUGGAACAUUCGUUGCUGGCAGUGACAGCUGCACUUAG